UCCUUUCGGUAACUGCUACUCACACUUAUAUAUAAUAAAUAACACGAUUAAAAUAGCAAAAUCAGCAUGUCUUGAUUCACGAUUGAAUCACUCAUAAUAACUAAUUGGAAGUGAGAAGUAACACACAAGACUCCCCAUUUCUACAAAAUUCAAAAUCCACCCGUAAAACCCUAAAAUCCUAAACCCUACUGAGUACUGAUUCGUGAAAAUCCAUCAAUGGCUAUCAUUUCCGAGUACAAUGAGCAAGAUAACAAACCAGCUGUAUCAGCAAAGCCUUUUAACGCUGUUCUUGACCCUGCCAACCCGCUAGGGUUUCUAGAAGCAGUGUUUGAGUUUCUUGGCCGAGAAUCCGAUAUCUUCAAGAGCGAUUCUUUGGUAAGGGAUGUCAAUGCAGUGGUUCGUAUGGUGAAAGACAAGCUGGAAACUGAGGAGAGGAAGAGGAAAGAUCAAGGACCGGGUUUGCCAGGAAACCCUGCGAAGAAGCUUAAGGAGGACGUUACUGUUAAGGAGACGAAGACAGAGGGGGUUAAGGAGGCCAUGGAGGAGGAUAAGAAGGGGCCUCUAGCUCCCAACAUAGGCAAUGGUCUUGAUCUGGACAACUACUCCUGGGGUCAAUCCAUACAGGAGGUCAAUGUUACCAUUCCUGUACCUCAUGGAACAAAAUCAAAGUUUAUUGUUUGCGAUAUAAAAAAGAACCAUCUUACCGUCGGACUAAAGGGUCAGCCUCCAAUAAUUGAUGGAGAACUCUAUCAACCUGUCAAAGUUGACGAUUGUUUUUGGAGCUUAGAGGAUCAGAAGUCCGUCUGUGUUCUGCUUACCAAGAAGGACCAGAUGGAUUGGUGGAAGUGUGUGGUGAAAGGUGAACCUGAACUCAAUACUCAGAAAGUUGAACCUGAAAGUAGCAGGCUAUCAGACUUGGACCCAGAGACGAGAUCUGCUGUCGAAAAGAUGAUGUUUGAUCAGCGACAGAAAUCAAUGGGUCGUCCAACAAGCGAUGAUAUACAAAAGCAGGAGGUUCUAAAGAAAUUUAUGGCUCAGAAUCCGGGGAUGGACUUCUCUAGGGCGAAGAUAUCCUGAUUCACGGAUUAUUUUGGUGAGCAAUUGUACUCUGAAUGGGACAAAAAGCUAGAUCAUAUAUUGGCAUCUUUUCUUUUCUUAGGCUGGCAUUCAAGAUGUUUUUGUGCAUAUGGGCAACCUAUAUUGUGUAGUGACUAUUGUGUAGACUAAGGAAGAUACUUAUAUGCUGCUAAUGGAGUAAUUGUUCUAAACAGUAACUGUAAUCUGAACAUGUUUAUGUACUAUAACCCAUGCUGCUUCUCCUCUUC